AUGGGUUACCACAACCACAUAGGUCCAAGGCAGAAGGGAGAAGAGAAGCCAGCCACUGAACUCAGUGUCUGCUCCGUAGCUGGCCUGUGCCGGCCCUGUCCCUGGGACUGGGAGCUCUUCCAGGGAAGCUGCUACCUCUUCUCCAGAACCCUGGGCAGCUGGGAAACCUCUGCCUCCUCCUGCAAGGAUCUCGGGGCCCACCUGGUGAUUGUCAACAGUGUUUCAGAGCAGAGAUUCAUGAAAUAUUGGAAUGUGAGGAAAAACCAACGCUCCUGGAUCGGCCUCAGUGACCAUAUACAUGAAGGUUCCUGGCAGUGGGUGGACGGCAGUGCCCUCAAGUUCAGCUUUUGGAAAGAGGGAGAACCUAACAAUGACGGGGAUGAGGACUGCGUGGAGCUGUUCAUGGAUGAUUGGAAUGAUAAUAAGUGCACCGAACAAAACUUCUGGGUCUGUGAGCAGCCCUCGGCUCCCUGCCCUCGUCACUGAGGGUCUGUGCUCCCCUAGCCACACAGGCAACUUGGGGGCACUCUGCUCCCGUUCCAGCUGCCUUGUUCAUCC